AUGUAUAUCAUCCAAAAUGUUGAUAGGUUUGUUAGGGUUGAAAUAACGAUUACAACUAGAAUUUAUAAACAAAUUAUUGCACAGAAAAAUAAUACUUCAGCUAGAAAAAUGGGUCUGGUUGAAUAUAUUUUUAAGCAUGAUAAUGACCUAAAACAUACCUCUAGUUAUAUAGCUAAUUGUAUUAAUGAAAAAACACUGAUUCAUAAAUUUGCCUUACUAGAGUCUAGAUCUUCAUCUAAUUAA